AUGAUGAAUUCCAAAGAGGAAGAAACUCUCCGUUUUUUCCAGUACGUCGAGGAGAAUGGGCUGAGAGCCUACAACGGCCUGGUAGCUCAAAACUUGGACCACGCCAGGAAUGAGAGAAAUAGGGCAUUCCUGCAGGAGAAAAACGACAAGAAGAGAAAACAGGAGGAAGCCAUAAGGAGGACGGGUGACGACAUAGCAACUGAAGGCAAGCACUUACGUAUGGGCUCCAUUACAAUGCCAGACCCCCAGGAACGCAUGCCCAUGCCCCACCCGCAUGCCCUUGCCUGUGGCCAGGGCUUUUCUGUGCGCUCCCAGUCCCUUCACUCAGUAGGUGGUGGAACUAGCGGGGGUGGAGGAGAGGAAGAGGUGGGAAGCCCUACCUCUAGGAAACAGCCCCCACCCAAGCCCAGGAGGGACCCGGCCACCAAGCUGAGCAUGUCGUCCGAGGCAGUGGACCACAGUCCCAUGUCCACCUGCCGCGGGGAGAGAUGUGACGCAACUCAAGGAUGUAGUGAGGACUGUAGGAGGGUGCCGCCACCCAAACCUAAGAGGAACCCAAACACACAACUGAGUGUUUCCUUUGAUGAGUCCUACAUCAAGAGCCACGGAGGCAGCGGGGUUUGCCUUCCCAGACCCCUCCACCACAUCACCUCCCCCUGCGAACGCAACACCUCACCACCACAGAGUGAUGAAAGCCCUACAGACGACUGUGAAGACGAACCUGUCUACAUAGAGAUGGGUGGGAUUGAUGUUGGAGGACGAGAACCACUAAAGAGUGAGGAUGAGGAGCCAGGAGAGGCUGUGUAUGAGGAGAUGAAGUAUCCAGCUCUGGACGAUAUGGAGUACCGUACUGACCCUGUGGGAUGUCGCUCUGCAUGCCCUACCCCAGCACCAUAUGACCCUGAACCUCUCAGUCGCUGCUCUACACCUCGAAACAUUCCCCUCUGUGAUAUUCCUGCACCAUUUCCCAAUUUACUUACCCAUCGGCCUCCACUGCUGGUGUUCCCCCCGGCACCAGCCCAAUGCUCACCCAACUCAGAUGAGUCUCCCCUCACUCCUCUAGAUGUAGCCAAAUUACCCAUGCUAGAGAACCAGUCCUACAGCAAGUCCCCAACCUCCUCUACCGAGCCAUCCUCCUCUGCACAUAUCCGCAGGGAGCUCACUGCCACCCCAACCCUCACUGUCUCUGGGCGCUCCUCUGCACCUCCUCUACCCUGCACCCUCUACAAAUCCUCCUCCUCAUCCUCCUAUCAGCGCAGCCACUCUGCUUGCCCAUCACCAGUCAGCAUGGGCCGCUGUCUCACCCCACUGAGCCUCAUGCGGACACCUCCCUUUGACGCUCCAAUGCCAUUCCCUGGGGGUCUGCCACGAAGCGCCUCUGCCACCCCUCACGGCAAGGGCUCGCCACCUCAAGACAGUGUGGGUAGACUCCAUGGCUCAAUGCAGAAUGUGUCAACAGGGCGAUCACGGACACCCACCAGCCCACUGGACGAACUCACCAACCUGUUCACAACAGGCAGGAAUAUGCUGAAGAAAAACACCAGUGGCAGAAAGUCCAAAGAGCCUGGAGAGACUGAAUCCAAAAGCAAAUCUCACAGUGAGUCCAAGCGUGAAGGCAAGGACCGCCACAGCCACAGUCACAGCAAGGAGUCCAAGCGAGACAAGGAACGCCACAGCAAAGAGUCUUCUCACCAGCCCCUUUCUCAAAGGCGCAACAGUAAAGACCGUACUUGUAGUGGUGUAGAAGUGCCACCUGUUCGCAGGGAUAGCAGGGACCAGGGCUGCAGCAGUGUAGAACCCAUCCCUGUGAGACGGGACUCCAAAGACAGAAGCUGCAGCUCCUUAGAACCCAUCCCAUUGAUAAGAAGAGACUCCAAGGACAGAGGGAUUAGCAAUGGAGACCUUAUGCCAAGGAGAGACAGCAAAGACUGUAGCGGAGGGCAUGGAAUCGAGUGUUUGCUGAGACAGGACAGCAAAGACAGAGAGAGACUGCUAGAUCAGCCACCUGAGCUGGUACCAAGGCAAGACAGCAAGGAGAGGGCAAGGAAUGGUGUAGACUGUAGACAUGAAAGCAGAGAGAGAUUGCUGGAUCAUCCACCUGAGGUCGUACCCCGACAGGAUAGCAAAGAGAGAGCCAGGAAUAGUGGGGACUCAAAACAAGAAAGAGACAGGCCACCUGAGCUUCUGCUCAGACAAGAGAGCAAAGACAGAGUUAGAACUGGAGCGGAAUAUAAGCACGAUAGCAAAGGUCAUCGUCCUGAUUUGUUACCCAGACAGGAUAGCAAAGAGAGAGCAAGGAAUGACAUGGAACAUAGACAUGAUGGUAGAAUAGACCAGCCACCUGAGAUCCUUCCCCGACAAGAAAUGUCCAGAAGCAGCAAGGACAGGGCUGGCUACAGCUCUGAAUCCAAACUUGAAGGCAGAGAUCGGACCUGCCACAACGGAGAUCUUCCUCCUCCUCCUCUACCCAGACAGGACAGUAAAGAUCUGAGCAGAACUGGCCUCGAAGUGAGGCGGGACAGCAAAGACAGAAGUCUAAAUGGCUCUGAUCAACAUCACUAUGAUGUCAAAAACACUAAGAGCCCUACUUCAAUGGAGUACAGGUGUGAGAGUAAAGAAAGAGGAUACAGAUCAGAUGGCACGCCCCGACGAGACAACAGAGCAAAUUACAGCAUGGACCAAUCAAAAGCACAAGAGAGGAAUGGCAGCACAGUGUCAGGGCAGCAUUCAUCCACAACAACACCCACUCAUCAUGGAAGAUCAUCUGUUAGCCCGCCAAUGACUGUGGGAACUGGAAAUGGUGAGGCAGCACCUAAGUAUGGCCGCUCACCUUCUAUGCCUGCUAACCCAUCACCAAUGGGAACUCCACAAAGGAGAGCAGCAGAGACACAUCAAAGCCAGAUGCCCCAGAUGCCAUGGAUAUGUGGCGACACCACCAUGCUAGAGCAGAUCGAGAGGAAACGCACCCUCUGCAUGGAGAUCCGCUCCAGACAACAUCCACACUUGCAGAGAUCUCUGGAUAGGCCUCCUCCGGACAGGAAUGAGGACAGACACCAGGAGCGGAGUCAGUGCAAGCAAGAAAGCCCAUCUGUCCUCCCAGGCUGGGGGAAAAGCAGUGGGGCCAAAAAGAUCCGUCCUCCCCCGUACCCUACACAAACAACUGUAUUCUGGGACACAGCCAUCUGA